AUGCAGAGAAUAAGGGUCUUGGGACCUGGCACAACCUUCAAAGGCCCCUCCGCAGAGGGCGCGCGUGACCGGCCCGCGCCGCCCCAGGUGGUCCUCCGUCGGCUGCCCCCCGGCCUCACCAAGGAGCGACUGGAGGAGCUGCUGCGGCCGCUGCCGGCACACGAUUACUUCGAGGUGGUCGCCGCGGACGUCAGUCUUUAUCCUCAUCUCUACUCAAGAGCAUACAUUAAUUUUAGAAAUCCUGAUGACAUUCUUCUGUUCAGAGACCGUUUUGAUGGAUAUAUCUUCAUUGGCAAUAAAGGCCUGGAGUAUCCUGCAGUGGUGGAGUUUGCUCCCUUCCAGAAGAUAGCCAAAAAGAAGCUGAAGAAGAAGGAUACCAAGACUGGAAGCAUCGAAGACGAUCCAGAUUAUAAACAGUUUUUGGAAAUGUACAGUGUGGAGGAAGAGAAAACCAGUGCCAAUCCUGAGACACUUCUAGGGGAGAUAGAGGCAAAGACAAGAGAACUCUUUGCUAGAAGAACCACACCUCUUUUGGAAUAUAUUAAGAAUAGAAAAUUAGAAAAGCAGAGAAUUCGAGAAGAAAAGAGAGAAGAACGGAGGAGGAGAGAAUUAGAAAAAAAACGCUUGCGGGAAGAAGAAAAAAGAAAAAGAAGGGAAGAAGAAAGAUAUAAAAGAAAAGAAGCAGAUAAGCAAAAGAAAACUGAGAAAGAAGUAAGGAUUAAGCUUCUUAAGAAACCAGAAAAGGGAGAGGAACCAACCACAGAGAAACCAAAACAAAAAGGUGAAGAAAUGUGUACUGGAGAUGAAAAACAGGAAACAUAUGCCCCCUGUACAACCUUGAAAGUCAAGCCCCUGGAGAACCCACCAGAAGUGCCCAGGGAGAAGUGAGCAUGCCUCGUUUCUACGACCUUCAUCAUGAAGUCACAUCAUCAGUGAGUGUGUAGACCUCACUUUAGACUUGGGAUCUGGAAGCGUUGUCAGGAUAUGAUAGCAGUUGUUUGUUUCCCAUUAGUCAUGCCAAGAUCUUUGUAAAUGUUGACUGUACAAUCACAUCUACCUUUAAAUCAAGAAGUUUCUCUAUUCUUCAACUGUUGCCUAUGUGAACUCUUCUUUCACCCAUUAGCUUUUCCUCUCCUAGCUCCUCAUCUGCACUGAGGUCUUUAUCUGCUCUCCCAGUCUCUCUUCCUGCAUAGUUUUUUACAGGUUUGUUGUUUUCCUGUUUUGAGAUUUUUGUACCUAUUUGUUCUUCCAGUCACCUACAGUUAUCUGUUAUUUAAAAAUUCAGUUAUCUAGAAUUGUAUAUUUCAAACUCUUUCAGGGAUAUCCAGUUCUUAAGUGCUAUGAUUUUUCUCUGUGGACCUGCUUCCUACUGGUCUUGUCUCUUUCCCUGCUCAUAGGUGACUCCAUGGGGUGAACUUAUUGGUGCAAAGAGCAGAUAAGGCCCCUUGCCACAACAUUCCAUCUGCAACUCACAGCCAAGCUUGCCUAACCCAGGGCUCCUGCCCCUCACUCCAUUACCACUUCCAUGAUCUUGUACCCUGAGGUUUGUACACAGUGUUUUUGUGUCAUUGUUUACAGUACAGCAGCACUUGAUGCCAUCUCUGGCAUGGCGUCCUCGUGGUCUCACCUGAUGUUCAUAUGGACAAGCCCCAGAUGGAGUGUAUGGAUUUGCGGGUCAAGUAGGCAAAGACUUCAAGAACCAAACAGCUAAUUAUUUACUGUUCAUUAAUAUUUAGGUAUGUGUUUAAAGCUAUCUGACAUUAUUAAACUUCAGUGAACUUGGCUAUGUUUGGAGCAGACAGGACUGCAUCUUAGUACACAUGUAUCUGGGCUCCAAGGAAUGUCUCAUUAAGUUCAUCUGCACUUAUUUUGGAGAGCUAUUUAGAAGACUGUGUAUAGUACCUUAGAGUCUUACUUACUCCUUGUCUGUCACUCAAGCAUAAUGGCAUAAAUCAGUAUUGCAGUUUGUUCAUC